AUGAACUACGGAGAAGAUCAUAGCUCGCGAAGUGGAAAUGGCGUAAGUAGUCGAAGAGAUGGAAGAAGCGAUAGGCCUGGAAGAUACGAUGACUACAAUCCAAGAAGAGAAAGUGAUGCCAAUGACAAUGCAAGCGGAGGCAGUGAUAGACGUAGAGAUCAACGCAACUACAGACAGAGAGAUGGGCGAGAUAACAGGCAAUAUAAUAAUUACCGAAGGAAUGAUUACGGUGAGCCUAGAGAUAGAGGCAGAAUAAGGCCAAUGGAUAGAGAUAGAGAUCCUCGUAAUACAUAUCAACCCAGACAAAACAGAAAUUACAUGCCAUCUGGACCGCAUAGGAGUAGAGAGGGGACACCACUGGGAGACUACUACUCGCCCUCUCAAAGCCAAAUGGAAUACCUGCAGCAUCAAGCAUCACCACAGUCACUGCAGCACUAUCAACAAGCACCAUCUAAAAAUGAUGUUCAGUCCAAUACCCCCGAGUAUUCCAAGGAAGAGCUUAUAUCUAGAUACCUUAAAAAAUUGUCAUAUAUGAACAAGGUCCAAAGCAUUGACGAAGUUAAAAUUAUCGAUUCUCAAUGGGGAGUCAAGCCGAAGGGCUUUGAAAAGGUUACAGUACAGAGAGCAAAACUUUCAGGAUUAUUCCCACUUCCAGGUUACCCUAGACCGGUUGAUUUCACGAAAUUGGAGGACUCCAUCAAUAGCUCCAAAACCGAUCUAUUCUAUGAUUCGUAUAAGAUUGACCCAUUAGAUUCAAGAAAUGCCAAAAUUGUUGUAGUCAAAGAUAUUGACUUUGAAAAAAUAGACCAUUUGAAAGUGGCCGACUACUUGAAUAAAUUUCUCGCCAAGAUUGAUGUUCAAGAGACAUCGGUGAAUAAUAUUGAAUCUAAAAGAAAAACGAAGGAUGACAAGAACUUAAUAGUUCAGUUCAACAACAAUGUUUGUGCAACGAUCAUUUUAUCUUUGAAUGGUUCUACAAUUCCUGUGCAGGGGUUGAAAGAUGAUGAUGAUGAUGAUGAAGAUGAAGACGAUGGUGAUAAUGAUGGGGAUCAAGAUAGAGUUACAGAUCAAGGGGAACUUCAAUUGGUCAUUAGCAGGCCCGGCGAAUAUGUUACUCAAUGCUUACCGCCAUACAAAGAGAUUGACACUACAAAUAUAGAGGAAACAGUAAUUGAUAAUCCAAGGAAAAUCACUAUUAUAGUUGACGAAAAAGCUACAGAUACGGAAAUAAUUGAUGCAUUAAAAUUAUCCGACAAGUAUCAAAUAAAAGGUUUCCAGUUAUUGAGGGAGAUUGGAACCAGAAAAUCUCUUGGGAUAGGAUUUGUGGAAUAUUUUUUUGAUCCUACGAUGUAUAAGAACACCAUUAGAGUAAUUCCCAAAAUUGAAAGUGUAAUAGAGCAAUUAAAAUCAAGUCAAUCCAAAGUUAUUUUAAAUGCAUUCCUUUCAUGUGUCAUCCCAGGAAAGACCGGGAUUGAAGACUGUCCUAUGGAUUUCAAUUCGUUAAAGGCAUUGGCAAAGGGCGAAUACGUCACAAACCAUCCGAAGCUGAAGGUUAUUGAAUUAAUAAAUUUAAUCACUCCAAAGGAUUUAGUGGAGGACUCCAACUAUAAAUUCAUUCACCAUGAUAUUUUACUUGAGUGCGAGACAUUCGGCGAUGUCGUCAGUAUAAAGAUUCCACGACCCGCAAACGAUUUCACUCCAGGAAUCAGCCAGUUUUCCCAGCCAGGUUUGGGUAAAAUUUACGUUGAAUAUCAAGACGAGCAGAUGGCAUUAGAUGCAAUCAUGGGACUCUCAGGAAGGAUGUACAACGAUAGAACGGUAUUGUGCGCUUUCCAUAACCACCAAGAUUACUUGAACGGAAUACUCUAG